AUCUGCCGAAUCCUGUUGUUGAUUUCCCAACUCUCCAUUUUCCAAGGUGAAUGCGCGACCCGUGCAACGACUUGGCCUCCCAGAAAAUCUUCGACCACUCGGCACAUCAUUACCUCCUUCAUCCCACCAGAUACGCCGCAUCCUCUCUGAACUCUUGAACACGCCUGGGCCCCGGGAAAGUCAACAAAGAACACUGAAAAAGAAGGGAACCAGAACAAAACAUAACAAUGCGCUUCAUCACAGACGACCGCGUCAUCGAGCGCGGCGCCAACAAGCGCACGAUGGAGGUCAUUGCCGCGGGCCUGCCGCGCUGCGCGACAAGCUCGCUGCAAAAGGCGCUCGAGUCGGAUGUCCUGGGGUGCUAUCCGUCGAUGCACAUGGCCCAUGUCGUGCCGCAUCCUGAGCGGGGGAGGCUUGUCCUUGCCGCCAUGGCUGAGACAGACAAAGUCAAAAGACAGGCCCUAUUGUAUGAGCUCUUUGACGGGUGCGCGGCAACAUGCGACUUUCCCGGCGUCAUCUUCACUGACGACCUAAUGGACAUGUACCCCUCGGCCAAGAUCAUCCUCAACCAACGCGACAGCGCCGAGCUCUGGGCCGACUCGAUGCUCGGCGCCAUUGUGAGCUUCAACACCUGGUACCACAAGGCCGCGACUUGCCUGUUCAGCACGGACCGGAUGCACGGCGCCAUGAUCACGGGCGCGUUCAAGCACUGGAACGACAAGUUCGGCAUCGGCACCGAGCCGACCAAAGAGGCGUUUGUGAAACUCUACCACGCCUACAAUGCGUGGGUCCGCGACGAGGCAGCACGGCGGGGCGGCCGCCCGGUGCUCGAGUAUAAUCCGCGCGACGGGAUGGCGCCGUUGUGUAGGUUUCUUGGCACCAAGAGCGCAGGCGACAUGGAAGGGGUGCCGCUGCCGGCGGUAAACGAUCGCAAGCAGAUGGAGACGCUGCGCCGGUUCCUGCUGCUCCGGGGCGUGCUGGCAUGGUGCGGGAUAUUGCUGUGGCUGGCCGCUGGCGUUCGGCAUCUGCCCAGUGUUGUGCUGGUGGUGAGGGGCUUCUUGGGUAGACGCCUGGGUGGCACGGCUCUGUGAUGCGGUUCAGUAAUUUGGAAGGCCCGUGUUUGUGCUUCAACGUUUUGGGAGUCGUGCAGAUAUAGUCAUGUGAUAUUAUGCGAAGCGUCCAUUAUAUUAAGCCUGAUUCCCCACACGA